AUGGCAAUCUCGGCCGUGAGGUCAUGGGGUGCUGUGGGCCUAGAUACCUCCUCCGGAAGCGGGUCAAGCCGCGCAACCAACAUUAUGAUGGUCGAUGUGAGGGAGCUGACCAUCCCCCAAGCACGAGCUGGGAUCAAGGCCGGGCGCUUUACGGCCAAAGAGUUAACCGCUGCCUUUUUGGAACGCAUCGAUAAGCUGGAUAAAGGCGGACCAAACAUCAACUCAACGCUUGCCAUAUCAACAACGGUCCUUGCAGAGGCGGAAGAACUGGACAGAUACUUUGAGCAGAAUGGAAAGCUCAAAGGCAGGCUCCACGGUAUCCCCAUACUUGUCAAAGAUCAGUUCACUAUCUCUCAGGCCGAUGUCAAGGGCUUGGUAUCAACAUACGGAUCGGCAGUUGCAAAGCAUAACGUGGCUGAUCAAGAUGCUACCAUCAUUACGAAGCUCAAAGAGGCCGGCGCUCUGAUCCUUGGAAAAACAACCAUGGCUGAGUGGGCAACAGCUUGGUUCAGUGCCAAUGGCGCCACCAACUACACCUUCACAAAGAACCCCUAUAAUCUCUCCCAUGAUGUUGGUGCAUCUUCUGGGGGGUCUGGCGCAGCUGUUGCCGCAAGCCUUGCCAUCUGCGCUGUGGGCGAAGACACUGGGGGGUCUAUUCGAGUUCCAUCGUCCUUUUGCAAUCUGGUCGGCAUUCGCACGACACCUGGGCUUGUCUCCCGUCAUGGCUUCUGUCCUCUGAUCAAGAGCCAGGAUGCCCCGGGCCCCAUGGCCAAGACGGUAACAGACUGUGCUUUGCUAUUGGACUGCAUGGCCGGUUUUGAUCCCAAUGACGAGUAUACCGCCUAUGCGGCACGUUCGGCUUCCCUGGGGCUACCUAAGGGAGGAAGUUACGCAGCCAAUCUCGAUGCCAAGAUUAUAAAAUCAGCUAGAAUUGGUGUUGUCCGACAGCUUUUUGGCAAAGAUACAGACCCUCACUGCCGCACGGUCAAUGCUGUAAUCAAAUCAUCCGUGGGAAAAUUAGAAGAGGCGGGCACUACAUUUAUCGACAUCCAUAUCGAUAACCUUGAGUACUACUUGGACUUUGGCCAGAUUUACUUUCAGACAUCACGACAUGACAUCAACACAUUCCUCGCCACCAAGCCUCACCUUCCCCAGGACAUAGCAAGCAUACUGCCAGAAAAGGCUGAAAAGUCUUUUCUGCAAAUGAUUUGCUCGGUCGCUCACGGACCCAAGAACCCAUCGAAAGACCCAACGUACGCCGACCGGCUUCUUCUACGCGACGAGUUCAGGAGAAAGAUCAAUGUUCUGAUUACAACCAACAACCUGAAUGCCUUGGUCUUUCCCGAUGUGCAGGUACCUCCGCCUCGGAUUUCCGACGCAGCGGAAGAGCGGUUCAUCAUCAACGGUGUCGAGGACUUCCCCACCAAUACAUUCCUAGCUAGUAUCGCCCGGCUGCCGGCUAUCUCCGUACCUGCAGGACUCACAGAGGAUGGACUUCCUGUCGGCAUGGAACUGGUAGGAUUGGAGUACCAGGAGCAGCACUUGUUGGAAUUAGCGUAUGGGGUGGAGAGUCUAGUCCAAGCAAGAACAUGCCCUCCUGAGCCAUUUGAUGUUUAG